AUCUCGCCGCAUUUUCAGCUGCGCUUGCCUGUGGUCUUGUGACGGCAGCAAAGCAGCAGCAGCCAGCCUACCACCUCUCCAUCUCCGCUUUUUAUCUUGCGCUCCCGAUUAUUCCCGUCGUCAACGUCCUUGGGGAGAAGAAGACGACUGCCGCUGUCGUUGGUAGCGAGUGAGGGAGAGAGCGUUUGUCAUCACGGUGACACUAGUGGCUGCUGCUGUCACCACUCACAAGGUCAAAACCAAACGCACGCACAGGGAAACUCAAAAGCUCAGAGGGCACAGACGCAGAGAGGUAGCGGACGACAAGCCAGGGAAGCGCGUGAGACUCCUUGCUGGGGAAGAGGAAGCAGCGGUUGCAGCUGCACCGUAGGAAGGAGCGGACAGGAUGGUCCGAAUAGAGAUCUGCUACUUUUGCUCAAGCCGGAUCUAUCCCGGCCACGGAAUCGUCUUCGCCCGCAACGACUCGAAGGUGUUUCGAUUCUGCCGAUCCAAGUGCCACAAGAACUUCACGCGGAAGAGAAAUCCGAGGAAAUCGAAAUGGACCAAGGCGUUCCGGCGAGCGGCCGGAAAGGAGAUGUCGGUGGACACGACGUUCGACUUCGAGAAGCGGCGGAAUAGGCCAGUCAAGUACGACAGGGAGGCCAUGGGGAAGACUCUCCUCGCCAUGAAGAAGGUGAAGGAGGUCCAGGCGAAGAGGGAGAAGCGGUUCUUCGAGAACAGGCACAAGGGAGCCCUUGCGAAGGAGAAGGCCGCCAUCAAGGCCGAGAUCAAGGACAACAUCGAGCUCCUCGCUCCGGCGGCGGCGGUGGACAGGGAGAAGACCCUCACGGCCAUCUCGGACAAGGCCAAGCAGAAAGCCUCUGCGGCAGCGUCGAAAGCGAGAACCCUUAUGGAGACGGAGGACUAAAACUAAUGGGCCUUCUUGAAAAAAAAGGGCAGCAGGCCAUGUUUUUGUGGCGUACGUCUUUUCUAUUUUUUUGGGGGGGCCACGUUGACGUGGUUGGGAUUUGGUACUCACCCACCUUNGGGGGGGGGGGGGGGGGGGGGGGGGGGGGGGGGGGGGGGGGGGGGGGGGGGGGGGGGGGGGGGGGGGGGGGGGCGAGAUGCUUGUCGCACUGGCGCUCAUGGUUUCGUUGCUUGCAUUUUCCCUAUGAGGGGUGUGUGACGUGGUUGUUAAACUGACACGCAUGUUUUGGUGCAGGGAGGGGGGGGUGCGAACGACCUUCCAUCUGCCCACGGAGCCCCUUGUUUUUUUUCCUCUUCUCGGAAGGCGCUUCGCGGGGGAAUGUAGGGAGAGCGAAAACGUUUGACAGGAGAGGCAUAAGAGUUUUAUAGAUAUAGGUUGCGUGCGAUUCCGAUCUCCCUGGACCGAUUUUCCGAAGCACUGUUGUUGUGCAGCUAUGAAAAGCGACGGUGCCGAAACCGGCGGCGUUGGAACCGUCGUCCCGCCGAGUAGCCUUUCCGCCAAUGUGCAUUUUUUUUACUUGCGCAUCCUCUUCGCGGUGGAGUAGUCGGGCUUUAGGAAUCGGUUCAAGAGGGGCGGUAUCUUACGUCAUUAAACCUACGCUUUUUAGAAUCGAUUCAAGCGGGGGGUGGUUUCUUACGUCAUGUAGCCUACGGCUACCCCCCUGCCCCCGCGGGGUCAGGAGAGUCUCACACGAGUAACGGCUUCAACGCGCGUAUGCAUGCUGCACGUCCCGCGUCUUCAAGGGGGUCGGGUGGGAGGUGUUGAGAGUCCCGCAGCAGCACCUCGUUAAGAAUACCCUACUUUAUUUCUAAAUAAUAAUGCGUGACGUCACAGAGAGCCGGUGUAUCCUUCGGCGGGUAGUGUGUCGUUUGUUUGCAUUUGCCGUCCUUGGUGGGCCGUGCUCCAUGGCAGCCGUGCUGAUGGUUGGAAGGGCACACACACCUCACGUUAGCGAAUUGGAAUUGGCUCAAUCAAACGUGUGUGGGUGCGAUGUGCGUGCGAUCGGUUGACAAUGGCGUUGACGGCGCUGUCCGACUGAUGAGCCCCCCCUCAGUGCAUCAGCUCUCGCGGGGAUAACAAUCUUGGUUUUAAAAGGGGAUACGGUGUGGGGGGUUGGGGCUUAGGGACACGACCCCCCCCCCCCCCCCCCCCCCCCCCCCCCCCCCCCCCCCCCCCCCCCCCCCCCCCCCCCCCCCCCCCCCCCCCCCCNCCCCCCCCCCCCCCUCUCUAUUUCAUAGAUGAAAGAAUAAAAUUGUCGCCAAGGAGGUCAUCCUCUCGGUCGGAAGGACGGAAACCAGGCUGCGAUCUGUGGGCGAGCUCGCGCAUGGCCAUGCUUCCGAGUACAGUCGGGGUCCCGGUUUAUUUAGCGGUUACCUGUUUAGCGGGAUGCCCUGAAAAGCGGUCCCAAAAUCUCGCGGCACGGCUACACCUCGACCCUUGGACCAAGAGUGUUUUUCAAAGCAAGCGUUGAAGAUCUGUCUGCCUGCUGCCUGCCUGUUUGUGCUCUUUCUCUCGUCGUUCUGUAUGACUACAGACUGGAGCUCCUACCCGGGAGAAAUGGUGUGAGCGCUGUUGUACAGGGUGAUGGAAAUGGAGAACAGAAUGGUUAAGCUCUUGACUACGCGCAGCGAUAGAACGUUCCCCAAUCGAACACCCGCAUCUUGGAAGAAAUGGUAUCUGGGUCGAGUCGAGUUCUUCAUGCACACCCAACAUUUGAUUUGCUGAGAUAGAUGAUGGUGUUCGGGUCUCGCGCAACUUGUUCUCGACGGCGUUGGCAACGGAAAAUGGAUU